AGGACUCAGGGAACGAAGGAAAGAUGAAGGAUAAGAAGAAGAAAAGGUGGUCGCCCGCACUCCCACCUUGCGCCCAGAAGAAGCAGGAGGAGAAGAGCAGCGGUAGAAGUGGAGGAGGAAAGAAGCGGAAAGAAAAAGUGAUGACGGGACAGGUGCGAGCGGCCGUUACCUUACUUACUUCCUAUCUCUCUACCCUAACGCCAAGGAGGAAGUCGCGUGGCCCAGCAGAUAAGACGGACGGACGCCAGAUGGAGGAAGGAAGCAGUGGUAGCACGGGGUCGCCUCCAGUCAGUCACUCAGUCAGCCGAAGAGUCAGUCAGUCGGGCAGUCAGUUGGUUUGCAGUUCCGUCAGCCCAGCAGUCAACCAGCCAACCAGUCAGCAGGUCAAGUCUUCAGCGUUCAAACCUUCCUCCAGGCGGUAACUCACCCUGCCGGAAAAAUUCAACCCAGCAGGCAAUCCCCAUCCACAAAGCCCAUCAUCCACUCAUUCAUCCACUUACCCACUCAUCCACCAUCAAUCCCCCUACACAACCACCGCAGUCCUCCCCCUCCAUCACCCUCCUAUCCGCUAAAUGUAACUCUACCUGGAAUUGGAGAGAAAGAGAGAGAAAAAUGGAGGCAGCAAACUUUUGACUGAAAAAUAAUGACACAUUGCACCAAUAGAUAUGCUUCGCUCCCCGUCAGUGUGCCUCAUCGAUCUCGCGUGUGUCCCAGUACUGCCCAGCGUGCCCGGAGGAGGAGGAGGAGGAGGAGCACGGGGAGGAGAAGGAGGAGGAGGAGGAGGAGAUGUAGGAGGAGGAGAGGUAGAAAGAGGAGCAAUAGGAAUAGGAGUAACUGAAAGAGCAAGAAGAUGGAAGAGGAGGAGGAUGACUUUGGAGGACAUAGGAAAGGAGGAGGAAAAGAAGAAGAAGGAGGAGGAGGAGGAGGAAGAGGAGGUAGAGGCAGUAGCAUCAGUAAUAGGUGGAACAAGAAGAACAAGUAGGUGGAGUAGGAGGGGAAGGAGGAGAAGGAGGAGGAGGAGGAGGAGAAGGAGGAGAAGGAGGAGGACAAACUAGAUCGUCAUUACCACAAACCAUUUUCCUCCUUUUUCUCCAACUCCUCCACUACAGACU